CAUCGUUAUUGUCAAUCGCUUUCAAACGUCAAAGAAGUGAGCAACAAAGCAAGUUAUUUUAUUUCCGUGCGUGAUUUGAUGUUGCAAAAUUGCACUAUAUCUAUUUAACGUAAUUAACUAAGGUCAAGUUGCACCAUGUUUUCGUCGCUAUUCGGCAAGCGGAGGUCUUCACCAGUUGAAGAUGAAACUCCGCCAAUACCAGGACCAAGAAGCGACGAGGGUUUCGAGAUUGUGGACCCGACAUCACCCAGACCUGGGCUGUAUCCUAACGUGAGUGGUGUUGGAGGCCAUGCCGUGCCGUACCCUCAGAGGCCAGCGCCUCCAGCGCCUGUACCAGCCUUCAGACCAACUGUAGACCAAACAUUCCACUACUUACAAGGCGUACCUUUCGCGCUCAGCAAAGAACUGCAAAUGGCAACGAAUAAGGACUCGUUUGCUACGGAAAUUGGUGACCUCUUGGCCUUCUUGACAACCAAAUUGAAUAUGAGUGGAUAUAACUAUGAGUUUAAUUUGGAGAAGAGUGUUUUGAAGGAAUGUUAACAGCAAUUUAAAUUAAUAUUGUGAAAUGUUAGACUUUAUUGUUGUUAAGCAAAAAAAUAUGCUGAUCAGGGACAGAUUACAUCCACAAAAUACAUUUAAAAAGAAAUAUAGAUCAUUUGUAUAGACUAAAUAAAGCUCAAUGUCUUGUAUUUUGUCAUAGAUGUUUUUGAAAUGGUCUAUUAUCAUGAACUCUUAUAUUGUUGACCAAUAUAAGAUGAUUCAUGAGUAGUAAACAAUAUUUAUUGAGUCUAAUGUUAUCACUUCUUUCAUUGUGAGGAUUCUAAGAAUAACAUUUCAGUUACAGUAUCAAAGGAAAUGAGCAAGACAAUAGGUAAUCAAUCUACCAGUGUAUUUAUUUACAAUGUUUCUACAAAAUCAUGGCUUUAUGUGUAAAAUAGCAUGAUAUGUUUAAAAUAAGGCUUGAUCACACGGCUAUUUAAUAAGAAUUAUAGUAACUAGAUUGAAACAUGAUAGGUAACUAUACUAAGUUUUAAAGAUACAUUUUAUUUAAUGCAAGCAUUAAAAUAACAAACUAUUCUUUUCUGAAUGCAAGUAAAAAUCUUGUCACUAUUGUGUCGUAUUGUUACAAAUACAAAAAUAAAAAUUGUAAAAUAUUUGUUAAGUUUUUAGUGUAAAUAAAAAUAUAAUCUGAGCAA